CCUGCCUGAUGAAGACUCUUCCUCCUCGUCCAGCUGUAAUCUUUAAAUUCCUCAUUAUCGGACAGAGUGGCAGCAGAUCGAGCUCUGAUUGGAUGAAGGCGACAUAAUGAGCAGCAGCUCCUGCGGCGUAAUGAGACUCUGCCUCACAAAGACUUCUUGUCUUCACCAGGAGGAGGUGAGAAACGGAGGCGCCGCCGGGGUCAGGAGGUCAUAGAUAAACGCUUCGUGUCCAGACACUCUACCGCCGCCAUCGAUUGGUCUCAGAGACAAAGUUCGACCUUCAAGUCAAGCCUACCCGGUGUUACUUGCCUGCAGCCUCUGGCCGUGAACUGAGAGAACUCUGAGGGGGAGAAGUGAUUAUUGAUUGAUGAUCAGUAAAAGCUUCAGACCAGUUUCAGCCUGCAGAGACGAUUGAGCUGCUGCUGCUUCUUCUGUGACUCAGAUUAAAGCCUCCCUGCAUCCUGACACCUUCUUUCUGAGAAAUAAACCAACAGACAGGAAGCAGAGCGACGGCGACACAAAGGCCGAGUCAGAGGCGCUCAUGCAGAAACAACAAGGCGCUAAAAGGCCGUUUGUGGCGUCUCCAUGUGGUCGAUCUUUGACUCGCCGCCAGCUGAGCAGAGAAACCGGCAUGAUGUCCGCCGGUUGCCAGCUCGCUCAGACACCGGGGCGCUUUUCUUCCUCCUGACUCAGAGCAGGUCUGCAGGACGAGGAGGAGGAGGAGGAGUGAAGGCUCCCUGCGGGAGCAGGAAACACUCGUCAAAGGAAGAAUGGGUGUGUUUGGAGAGCCCUCGGGUGCGUUUGGUUUUAGUGUUGGCUGCAGAGUUGGUCGGCCAGCGGGGAGGAGACGCUUCCACGGCUGAGCCGCUGUCACUUAGCAACACCACCUUUUAGCUGGCUGAAAGCUCAGGAAGUCCCCCAACAGCAGGACGGACACCAUGAGAGACGCUGCCACCCUCCAACGGGAAGAGGAAGAGAUUAACCCUUCAGUGACAGCAGGAAGCAAAGCGGUUAACAACACCCGAUCAGUGACUCCAUCAUGUAUGAUUAAUUAUUGUUUCAUCUCCACACACAGGAGGAGAAACAGGAAGUGAUGCCAGCUGUGGUUAUGGAUGUCUGAAGACUAUAAACAAUCUGCUAUCAAACCCUCCACUCACAGGAAGAUGGCUCUAUGGUGAAGCCACUGACCAAUCAAGGUCAACCUCUUGCUGCUGAGAUCCCUCCCACAGGUGUGCUGACCCAGGGUGAUAUCUAAAACCUGCAGAACACCAGCUCUCGAAGCCUGGAGUUGGACACCCCUGCAGUAUGCCUACUUUAGGUAGCUUUAGGUACCUGGGUGUCUACAUCACUGAGAACCUCACCUGGACACUGAACACCCCACAGCUGGUCAAGAAGGCUCAGCAGCGGCUGUAUUUCCUGAGGAGGCUGAGGAAAUUUGGUAUGUCGGCCAAGAUCCUCAGCUGGUUCUACAGCUGUAUUGUGGAGAGCAUCCUGACCAGCUGCAUCACUGCAUGGUACAGCAGCACUACUGCUAUGGACCGCAAACGCCUGCAGAGAGUGAUAACAACUGCAGAGAAGAUCAUCAGGACCCCGGUGCCCUCUCUGCAGAGCUUCUACCAUCGCACAGUCCAGAGGAGAGCUGCCUCCAUCCUCAAAGACCCCACACACCCCCAACACGGACUGUUCACACUUCUGCCCUCAAGACAAAGGUUUAGAAGUGUGAAAUCCAGAACAUCUCGACUCAACAACUCCUUCUUCCCCACUGCCAUCAGACUCUUGAACAGCUGACCUAUUUUAACAGUAAUAAUAUUUUUUGUACAUCAGGUCAUCUCACAUAUUGCUCUUUUGCACAUAAAUCUAUUUAAUACUUCAGAUGUUUUCUCCAUUUAUUUAUUCAUGCUAUUUGUAUUUUAGCUAUUUGUACAUAUUAACCAGUCUGCGUGUGGACAGCAGACAAAAAAAUUUCAUUGUACAGAGUAAUGCAUUUUCUUGCACACAUGACAACAAACGCUUUGAAUCCUUGAAUUAGAUGAAUUUGGUGUUAGAAGUGAAGAAGCUUCUUGGAUGAAAAGUGAAAUGUCUUCAAGAUGUUAAAGAAGACCAGACGUUUUUCUUUCCAAGCUCCUUAGACUACCAUGACCUGGAUUACUGAGGACCUACAUGAUGUUAGUUCAGUCGCUAACUGCUGUUUCCACCACCAAGUGACGAAACAAGUUUAAAGUAUAAAUCUCAAAGGCCAGAAAGUUUAUAAAGCAUUUUUAGAUUUUUUAGGUUUUAUUUGGAUUAUAGUACAAAAAAAAUUAAUAAAAAAUAGUUUUACUGAAUUUUGAUUGGUUUAUGGAGGUUUCUUUCCGCUUUUAUUUUUCUCCAUUUUUCUGACAGCCCACCAACCUCUUUUCAGUGGGCGGGGCUUUUCCCUCAUUCCAUGGGCUCUACACACAAACACGGCUAAUCAUUGGUGAAUAAAUGGGGCUCCGGAUUGUUCUAGGCAUCCUAUUGGUUUUUGCAGGUGCCCGUCAGAUGAUCGUGUACGCUGUGACAGGUGACUUUGGAAAACUGUGAAAAAAACAAGCUGAUCGCAGCGUAGCCGCCAUCUUCCUCCUGCUGUCGGCCUCAGAGUGUGGAGUGGAAGUAAUACGGAGACUAGGUGAGGGGGUGGCGGACAGGUCGGCUGUACGCUGUGAGCCAGUCCGGGAUCGUUCACACGGCGCUUCCUCCCGCUGAGCGAACAGACGGGACGCGGAUGCGGUUUGAGGUUUUCCUCCUCGGAGCUAAGCUAAAGGGUAGCCGGGCCAGCUAGCAUCCGUGUGACCGAGCAGUGAUAAUCAGAGGCGGGCUGAGGCUACACCUCCGCCCGGCUCUCUGCGGGGAGGUGAGUUUGAUCCAGGGUCACAGCACGGCUGAGGCUUCGCGGAGAAUGGUGCAGGGGUCCAAGGUGAACUGUGCUUCAUGGCCGGAGGUUCGCUGAUGGAGUUACUCCAGAUCAGUCCUCUGAUUGAUAACCUGUCAGUUCGUCGAUAAACCGAUUUCUGCAGCAUAAACCUUUACAGCACCGCUCCAACCCGGCGAGCAGCCUGUACUGGUCCUCAGGUCCGGAUCUCCUGACAGCGCACCAUGUCUCAGGGCCUGCCCAGCUCCUGGGACCCUCUUCCCGAGUGCUCUCACGGGGCGUCCCGGUGAACGGACCGCAACCGCUGCUUGGACUGGGACAUGGUUCCGGUGCCCGGAGUCCUGUUGUCAGUCAGAGGGAGCGUAAUCCCGGAUUAGGAUUGAAACUAGGAUUUAUCUGAGCAGCACCAUGGGAUCCGCCACCAGGCUGGCCUUCAGCGUCCUCCUAAUCACCUGCUCCUCAGGUGCAAUCCUGGGCCACACUCAGACUCAGACCUGUGUGCUGUACAGCUACAGCUCCUCCUCCUCCUCAGUGGAGGGCCGAGGGAACAUCAGCGGCGUGGAGAUCUGCUCCGGGCAGAAGGAUAAGCGGCAGCACUGCUUCGCCACCUGGAGGAACACCUCCGGUCAGGUGACCGUGGUCAAACAGGGCUGCUGGCUUGACGACCCUAGCUGCUAUGACAGGUGGGAGUGUGUCGAGAGGAAGGAGUCCCCUGACGUCUUUUUCUGCUGCUGUGAGGGAAGUCUGUGCAACCAGAAGUUCUUCUACCUGCCCAACAGCAACCACACGCCGCCGCUGCCCCCGACAAAUAUCCCACUCACACUGCGACCCCCGGUGGUCACCGCGCUGAUGUAUUCGCUGCUCCCCAUCAUGGCCGUUGCCAUCAUCGUCCUGCUGUCCUUUUGGAUGUACCGACACCACAAACUGGCCUACCCACCUGUGCUGGUGCCCACACAGGAGACCGGCCCCCUGCCCCCCCCCGUCCUGGGACAGAAGCCUCUGCAGUUGCUGGAGCUGAAAGCCAGGGGGCGCUUUGGCUGCGUGUGGAAGGCUCAGCUGCUCAGUGAACACGUCGCCGUCAAGAUCUUCCCUGCCCAGGAGCGUCAGUCUUGGCAGAACGAGUUUGAGAUCUUUAGCCUGAGCGGGAUGAGACACGAGAACCUGCUGCAGUUCCUCGGCGCUGAGAAGAGAGGCAGCGAGCUGGAAACGGAGCUGUGGCUUGUCACCGCCUACCAUCACAAGGGUUCCUUGACUGACCAUCUUAAAGCCAACGUUCUCUCCUGGUCUGAACUGUGUCGGAUCGCUCAGUCUAUGUCCCGAGGCCUGGCCUACCUGCACGAAGACAUACCUGCAUACAAACCCGCCAUCGCACACAGGGACUUCAAGAGUAAGAACAUCCUGCUUAAGUCCGACCUGACUGCCUGCAUCGCCGACUUUGGCCUCGCUCUCAGGUUUGAGGCGGGAAAGUCUCCAGGUGACGCUCAUGGACAGGUGGGGACCAGGAGGUACAUGGCCCCAGAGGUCCUGGAGGGCGCCAUCAACUUCCAGAGAGACUCCUUCCUGAGGAUCGACAUGUACGCUGUGGGGCUGGUGCUGUGGGAGCUCGCAUCACGCUGCAAAGCUGCUGACGGUCCAGUAGAUGAGUACCUGCUGCCCUUUGAGGAGGAGGCGGGUCAGCAUCCGUCUCUGGAGGACAUGCAGGAGGUGGUCGUCUACAAGAAGCUCAGGCCCACAAUCAGAGAGUGCUGGCAGAAGCACGCCGGUCUGGCUCUCCUCUGUGAGACGAUGGAGGAGUGCUGGGAUCAUGAGGCGGAGGCGCGGCUGUCAGCGGGCUGCGUGGAGGAGCGCGUCGUGCAGAUGCAGCAGUCGAGCGUCACGGCCCACGAGGAGAUUGUCACGGUCGUCACCAUGGUGACCAACGUGGACUACCCGCCCAAAGAGUCAAGCUUAUGAUCAAUCAGAGCAGGGCAGGGACGCCAAAAUAAAAGACUUCAUGUAGGAUGGAGAGUACAGAUGUCAGAAUAAAAGAACAAAGCCUGUGACUGUGCUACAGGUGUACAGGCUCGUGCAGGUAAGCACAGCUGAUUGGGUCAUCAGCAGGAAGUCUGAUCAGGAACAGAGACAAACUUUAUUCAUUUUUUCACCUCCUGGAGCUGACAAUCGCGUCCGCCAUGAACCUUUUCACCUCCGAUGACCUAGUCUCUCAGUCCUCGCCGCCAAGAGGUCGGUCUGACCUUCUGGUUCGUCUCGGGGUCAAACUCAGUUCUAGUAAAGCUGCUACAUGUGGUCUCACUGAGUCAGUCAGGUGAGGACAUCAGGAAACAAUCAUGUGAUCAGAUGUAUUGAUUAUCGGAGAAUAAAAACAUCAAUCGGUUUUACAGGAACACAAA